UGUGACUGCAUCCCCACAGUGACAAUGAGAUAUGUGAUGAGACAGCAAUGGACAUGUGCAAUUCAGUAGCGAUGGGGCAAUCUGAUCUGAUAAUUUAGGGAGUCGGAUUAGGUAUGUAUCCAUAUGAUAUGUACAAGUCUAUCCAAAAUAUGCAUCCUUCUCAAAGCCCUAUUCCUAUCCUAUCCUGUUCUCCCUCCAAUGGCGUUGUUUUUGUCUCAACUUUAGCUCUCUGUGCUUCUGGCAAAGGCUUGUGCCAUGAUUGUGCUCGUGGUUGUCAUUCCACAUCCAUCUUCUUUGUAUCAUGCAAUCUCCAAAUCACCACGUUGCCCUGCCCUAUCCUGUCCUGUCGUGGCGUCGAGCUGGGGAGCUUUGUACAAGUAUUCCCAUAUCCCGUCGGCAGUCGGAAAACAUACAACGCCGCACCGAACCUCACACGUGUGAGGUGAAACCGUGCCUUUUAACACCAAACCCCCAAGGGUAUAAACCCAAACAAGAAAUGAAAGCCCAGAAAAAUUGAAUCCCGAUAAACACCGUGCCGCGU